AUUCUUUGGAACGACUCAAUUCGAACCGUCGUACGCUCGACUAGUGUUCCCAUGUUGGGACGAGCCCAUCUACAAGGCGAAAUUCAACAUCAGUUUGACGCACGAUAAAACACAGCAGGCGAUUUCUAAUAUGGACGUACUAAAAACAGAAGAAGAAGAUGACAAGAUAACCACUUCAUUCAAAGAAACCCCAGUGAUGUCUACUUAUUUGUUAGCAUUCGUGAUAGGCAAUUAUCAAUUUAAGGAAGAUAAAGUCGGCAACUUCACCUAUAGAGUGUGGGCAAGAGAGAACUACAUAAAUCGGACUGACUACAUUUUGAAAACGGGUAGGCAGAUCGUGGAACGAAUGAAUUUGUACACGAAUAUUUCGUACGAGACAUACAUGCCAGACAAACUGGAUCAAGCUAUGGUGAGGGUUUUCUUCCCAUCCCUGGGCAUGGAGAAUUGGGGUCUCGUGAUUUACAG